AUGAUCGUCGCCCGUCUUGUCCAUUUCGUUAUCCCGCAUCGCCGCGUAGCCGGCAUCUCAGCACAAUGGCUUGCCAAGAUCUUCGUCAUCUUCGAUGUCAUGUGCUUCAUCAUACAGGCUGCUGGUGGAGGUAUGCUAGCCUCGAACAAUGCAGAUACAUCGAAGUUAGGGCAACAUAUUUAUAUGGCCGGUAUUGGCAUCCAGCUUGGCUGCGUCGUCGUCUUCCUUGUCAUUCACGGCCUCUUCUAUCGUGAGCUUUCUCUUAAUGCUCGGAUAGGGAAGCAAGAGAAUCGGAGCCCUUGGUUGAAGCCUUUCUGCUGGGUUGUCUACAUCGUCCUUAUCCUCAUCGUGGUCCGAGUUAUCUUUCGUCUCGUCGAAUUCGGUGGUGGUGCAAAUAGCAACAAUGUGGUCCUUCGACAUGAGGAGUUCCAGCUCUACCUUGAUGCAUUGCCGAUGCUCAUCGCUUUGGUCUUGCUGAACGUGGUACACCCUGGACAGGUACUGAAAGGUCCUGGUGCUGACUAUCCGUCCGCUAAGGUCAAGUGGUGGCAUGGCCGAUCGAUGGCAUUUGAGACUCUCGAACUGUCGUCGACACACAGGAGUGGAUGA